AGAGGAAUCACCAUUAAAAGGCAGGCGUUCGCAGAGAAUCACAGCUUUGAAAUUGUGGAGCGCAAACGCGAAUCCAGCAGGCAGGCAGUCAGGCAGCAGCAGGCGGCUGAUGUGUGGCAGUGAGAGGGCGGAGCCUCCAGUCAGAGUAGCCCUCGCGCACACACUCCCCGGGCGUCCAGUCACACCCAGUCGCAGACGGCGUUCGGCGGGAGGCGGUAGAGAUGUACGGGAGCGCUCGCACGGUCAGCCACCUGGAGAGCAGCCCGGCCCGCUCGCCUCGACUCCCGCGCUCGCCGCGGCUGGGUCACCGGCGCGCCCACAGCGGAGGCGGCAGCGGUGGUGGCGGAGGGGGGAAGACCCUCUCCAUGGAGAACAUCCAGUCGCUCAACGCCGCCUACGCCACCUCGGGGCCCAUGUACCUGAGUGACCACGAGGGGCUGGGCACGGGUCACCACGCCACCUACCCGCGCGGCACCAUGACGCUGGGCCGCUCCACCAGCCGCGUGUACGGCGGCCGCGUCACCGCCAUGGGCAGCACGCCCAACAUCGCCACCGCGGGCCUGCCGCACUCGCACCUGGACCUGCUGGGCUACGGCGCCGCCGACCUGGGCUCGCUGUCCAUGCUGCACCACCACCACCACGGCGGCACGCCGUCGGCCCUGCUGCGCCAGGCGGUGCGCAGCAGCGGCGGCGAGCUGCUGGAGAUGCAGGCGCAGCUGCGCGAGAUGCAACGCGAGAACGACUUGCUCAGGCGCGAGCUGGACCUCAAGGACACCAAGCUGGGCUCCUCGGCCAACAGCAUCAAGAGCUUCUGGAGCCCCGAGCUCAAGAAGGAGCGCGUCAUGCGCAAGGAGGAGGCCGCACGCACCUCAGUGCUCAAGGAGCAGAUGAGGGUCACCCAUGAAGAGAACCAGCACCUGCAGCUGACCAUACAGGCCUUGCAGGACGAGUUGCGUACUCAGAGGGACCUCAACCAGCUGCUGCAGCAGGAGAACAGCGGGCGCAUGGGCGGCAACGACCACUUCACCACCAUCGAGCUGACCGAGGAGAACUUCCGGCGGCUGCAGGCCGAGCAUGACCGGCAGGCCAAAGAGCUCUUCCUGCUGCGCAAGACGCUGGAGGAGAUGGAGCUGCGCAUCGAGACGCAGAAGCAGACGCUGGGCGCGCGCGACGAGUCCAUCAAGAAGCUGCUGGAGAUGCUGCAGAGCAAGGGCCUGGCGCCGGGCGGCCGCGCCUCCGAGGAGGAAGAGCAGGAACGGGCGCGGCGCAUCGCCGAGGCCGAGGCCCAGCUCAGCCACCUGGAGGUCAUCCUGGACCAGAAGGAGAAGGAGAACAUCCACUUGAGAGAGGAGCUUCAUCGGAGGAACCAGCUCCACCAGGACCCCAGCAAAACGAAAGCCCUGCAGACCAUCAUCGAGAUGAAGGACACCAAAAUCGCGUCCCUGGAGCGCAACAUUCGCGACCUGGAGGACGAAAUUCAGAUGCUGAAGGCCAACGGCUUGCUGAACACCGAAGACCGCGAGGAGGAGAUCAAACAGAUGGAGGUGUACAAGAACCACUCCAAGUUCAUGAAGACCAAGAUUGACCAGCUGAAGCAGGAGCUCUCAAAGAAAGAGUCGGAGCUGCUGGCCCUACAGACCAAGCUGGAGACUCUGAACAACCAGAACUCGGACUGCAAGCAGCACAUUGAAGUGCUCAAAGAGUCCCUCACUGCCAAGGAGCAGCGUGCUGCCAUCCUCCAGACUGAGGUUGAUGCCCUGCGACUGCGUCUGGAGGAGAAGGAGUCCUUCCUCAACAAGAAGACCAAGCAGCUGCAGGACCUGACUGAGGAGAAGGGCACUCUGGCCGGCGAGAUUCGAGACAUGAAGGACAUGCUGGAGGUCAAGGAGAGGAAGAUCAAUGUCCUCCAGAAGAAGAUUGAGAAUCUCCAGGAGCAGCUGCGGGAUAAGGACAAGCAGCUAGGGAACCUGAAAGACCGAGUGAAGUCUCUGCAGACUGACUCCAGCAACACGGACACUGCUCUGGCCACCCUGGAGGAGGCGCUCUCCGAAAAGGAGCGCAUAAUUGAGAGGCUUAAGGAUCAGAGAGAGAGGGAGGAUCGUGAGCGCCUGGAGGAGGUGGAGGCCUACAAAAAAGAGAACAAGGACCUCAAGGAGAAGGUCGGCACCUUGCAAUUGGAGUUAACUGAUAAAGAGUCCAGUCUGAUUGACCUGAAGGAGCAUGCCUCCUCACUGGCCUCCUCAGGACUUAAGAAGGACUCCAAACUGAAGUCCCUGGAGAUCGCCAUCGAGCAGAAGAAGGAGGAGUGCAGUAAGUUGGAAACACAGUUGCAGAAGCAAGCAGAGCAGCUGUUCAGUCAGAUGAGCAACCCUAAGGCACACGAGGUGGAUCAUCAGAGUUCCCGUGGCAACCCUGACUUUAUGGACCGGGUGAAGCUCCUGGAAAAGGAGGUGACAUUCUACAAGGAGGAGUCUGGGAAAUCCCAGGCGGAGGUGGAGAGACUGCUGGAAAUCCUCCGUGAAGUUGAGACAGAGAAGAACGACAAGGACAAGAAGAUUGCUGAACUCGAAAGCCCUGCAAUCCAUGCCCCCCACUCUCUCCAUGGUCCCCAUGCCCCUCAGGGUCCUCAUGCCCCACAGGGACCCCAUACCCCCCACUCUCUCCAUGGUCCUCAUGCCCCACAGGGACCCCAUACCCCCCACUCCCUCCAGGGUCCUCAUGCCCCUCAGGGUCCUCAUGCCCCACAGGGACCCCAUACCCCCCACUCUCUCCAUGGUCCCCAUGCCCCUCAGGGUCCUCAUGCCCCUCAUGGUCAUGCCCAUCCACCUGCCUCUGUCCCUGGUUCUACCCAUGGCCCUGGCGCCACCCCUACUUCUCGCGCGUCCCCUCGUCCCGGUGGCAGAGCCCCCCCUGACCCGGCCCCCUCUGUGUCCGCUGCCCCCCAGCAGAUUGGGGGCAUGGUGUGGGACUUCCUGGGAAACCUCGCUCCCAGGCAAACCAAGGACCAGACCAAGAAGGGCCCUAACAUCAAAUUGGGGCCUCAGGGAGACAAGAAGGAUGCAAGAAAGGACAACCCUAUGGACAACCCAAAGAUGGAGGAACUGAUGAACGUUCUAGAGAAGACGAGGCAGGAGCUUGAUGCCACCAAGCAGCGCCUGUCCUCCAGCCAGCAGUCCCUGUCUGAGCGCGAUGGUCACCUGACCAACAUGCGUCAGGAGCGCCGUAAACACCUGGAGGAGAUCCUGGAGAUGAAGCAACAAGCUCUGCUGGCAGCCAUCAGCGAGAAAGACGCCAACAUUGCCCUUCUGGAACUCUCCGCUUCCAACAAGAAGAAGACGCAGGAUGAGGUGCUGUCUCUGAAGAGGGAGAAGGACAAGCUGGUGCACCAGCUCAAACAGCAGACCCAGAGCAGAAUGAAGCUGAUAGCAGAUAACUAUGAGGAUGACCACUACCACACCCACCCCCCUCACCCACAGCAGCCCACACCCCAGCCAGGCUACCCAGCGCAUCCCCAGCACCUCCAGCAUGCUCCCCAGCCCCCCUACCCCCACGCCCCUCACCCCCAGCACCCCCAGCCCCCACAGCAGCACCCACACCCCCAGGGACCACAGCCCCAGUACCCUCCCCAUCCCCAGCACCCGCAACACCCCCAACAUACCCAGCACCCUCAGCACCCCAACAUCCACAGCCGGCUCCCCAGCACCAACAGCAUGGCCCCCGGGCCCAGCAGCCCCACCCCCAGCAGCAGCACCCCCAACACCCCCAACACCUGCACGGCCCCAUGCCCCCCCAGCAGCAACAGCAGCAGCAGCAGCAGCAGCAGCAACAGCAGCAUCCCCCUCACCCCCAGCACCCUCAUGCUCCUCAGCCCCAGCAGCAGCCCCCCCACCCUGGACACCCGCACCCCCAGCAGCAGCACCCCUCAGCACCACCCCCAGCAGCAGCACCACCCCCAACAGCACCCUCAGCAGCACCCCCAACAACACCCCCAACAGCACCCCCAACAGCACCCUCAGCAGCACCCCCAACAACACCCCCAACAGCACCCUCAGCAGCACCCCCAACAACACCCCCAGCAACACCCCCAACAGCACCCCCAACAGCACUCCCAGCACCCUCAGCCCCACGGCCAGCAGCACCCCCGUCACCCACCACCACACCACCGCGGCCCGGCACGCGGCCCCCACGCUGGACAUCGACCCUCCGCAGACCAGGAUGAUGAGGAAGGCAUUUGGGCAUAACCAUUUCCAAAACCAAAGCUCUUAUGUUGUUUUGUUGAGAUGAUUCAGUCACUACUGGAGGAGAACAGCCAUGCCAUGAUGCUGAAACAACACACUGUCCAUCUGACCAGACAUCUGACCAGACCUUACCCUCAAUCUGUUGCCUUCGCUGGAGUAGGUUGCCGUUUUGUCUCAGUUCAGUGGAAGGGGCAGAGUCAUGCAAGUGGGAGGGCCAAGCGAAGUGAUACACAACUGAGCAGAUGAUUGGGGCAGGAUGAUUAAAACUGAGGCAGGACUGGGGUAUGGACCUUGACACAUGGAUACGUAUCCACCACCUGAUGUUGUAUGCCAGUGGGAAGGAAUCUCCUCAUCCACCUAGACAAUGCAUUGUGCUGGAUCAGCAGUCACCUCCAUGAAGAUCUUAUCCCUCAAGUUCUUGAGAUAACUGUGAUCAGAUUACCUAUCAACUACUGUCUGGCUGCUCUUGCACCUACUCUAACAUCUGCCUGGUUCCGCCCAGCUCACGUGACUGGCCUAUUGUCCUGUUCACAUCUGCCUGAUUCUGCCCAGCUCACGUGAUUGACCUAUCAUCCUGUUCACAUCUGCCUGGCUCCGCCCCUCUCUCUGACACUGAUCUGCCAAGCUAAUGUUCUCCCCGCCCACAUGGUCACAGUCCCCUGCCUUUGUUUAGCCCCACACACAGCUGUUGUCUGGACCAACUGCCUCUGUCUCUCUCCUUCCAUCUUUGCAAUUUCUGCUGCCAAGAUUUACCUAUGUAUUCAUUUAUUUCUUGAUUUUGUUUUGAUUUGUAUAAUUGUAAUUGGAUCGAUAUUUUUGGUGAAAUGCGGUAGCCUGCCAACUUUACACAGAAACAUUUGUUUACCUUGCCUUUAUAACUCUCACCCCACAGCACAUCUUUUGUUACAUAUCAGGGAAGUAGAAUUCAGAGGAACUCUGCCCCCUGGUGGCUUCCUCCUGUACACCCCCCAUCAGUACGGCCUUACUGGCAGCGAAGCCUCCCUGCCCUCUGGUGACGUGAGAGAGAGUAGGGCCUAGUGUGCACAGCUGUGGUCUGGCCCAUACAUGUUGUUACCUCAGUUCAGCAUUCUGAAGCAGCCCACCUCUAUGCAGUCUUCUGAGGGGUUAGUGCUGUUACCUUUCAGUUACCUUUGAGAGUACAAAUCAGAACAAUUUCAUUUAGUGAGUGUGUUUGUAUGUGUUUCUGUGAGUGUGUGGUGUGUGUGUUUCUCUGUGUGUGUGUGUGUGUGUGUGUGUGUGUGUGUGUGUGUGACAUUUAUCAUAAAAAAAACAGUAUUGAAUCAUACUGGUCAGCUGUGGACAUUUCUGGAGUUCUGAGCAUUCUCCUUUUCAGAGCGUGUUCUGGUUGGUCUCCUAGAGAAGAUCCUGCGCCUAUGCAGAUCCUGCGCCUAUGCUCCCUCUUCCAGGGUAUAUUUCUAAUGGUGCUUCAGCUGGUGCUCCUGCUCAUGAAGGCUUCAGAUCCAGCAGUCAUGACGACAAACCUAAUGUGAUCUGAAACAAUAAAACCCGAAAAACAACAGGUGAUCUCGCCGACAAGCAACACUUGAGCUGUUUGGUGAGUGAGCUUCUAGCUUCGGCCUCUCCUGCCCAGUCCUCUCUGGUCAAACAAGACUGUUUUGAACAGAAAAAAGCAGCUGUCUUUUUGGAUCCUCAACGUGAUCCUGGGGCAGCAGAAGUGUACUAACAGAUAAAAACAAUCAAAACAAACAAUGAUGAAGUAAUCUCAAGUCCUACAAACCAUCUACUGGUUCCUAAAUCUACAGCACAGGCAAAUGUGUUGGGAACCGCGUUCUUAGAUUUGGGUAUCUGUUCUAAUCGUUCAUGGUCAGCUCGCCUCAGAUGACCUAUCUGUUCUAUGAGAUGUGGUUUGUGUGUGUGUGGGAAUCUGUAGCUCGUGGAGUCGGUGCCCUUUUAGUCUGUAGUGAGGGUCAAUCAGUCCCCACAGCAGUACCGGAUGACCAAAUCCCUUGGCCUCUCAUCCAUUUGGUUCAGCUCAUCCCCGAGCUGUUGCACUGACCCCUGCCCUAUCUCUGUGACUCCUUGGUGUCCCCUUGAACUUGGUGGCCUGUGCCUCGAGACAUUAUAUAUACACACAUAUAUAAAUAUACAUAGAUAAAUAUAUAUAUUAAAAAAAUAGAUAUAUUUAAAAUGUGUCUUUACGUGCUGAGAAAAUAGUGACUUUAAAAAUAAUUAGAAUGCGAAGAGAACUACUUUUUCCCCUUUUCAGUGUGGCCCUCAGUAUUUUAAUCUCUCCUACUGUCAAGACUGGUGUUUGUCAGAGACUGAGUGAGUGUGUGUGUGAGUGAGAGUUUUAUUUCUUCACUCAUCAUUAACUCUCAGAGAUCUUACUCUGAGUAUGAAGUGGCUUAGAAGAGAAAGUUCCCUCAUCUGGCAGCAGAGAUAUAUCAGAGUUCUGCUCAUAAGCCUUAGCUGCUGUUCCUUGAGAUUUAGUUGAUCUCAAACAUAGGAUUAUUAUAGUGGUUUCCGAGUGUUAAUUGGAUUUAAUUGGAUUUUCUUAAUUGUCAUUUUGGACAAACAUUCUGCAGUACUGGUACAUUUAAUAGGCAACAACAAAUAAGGUUGCAACAUUCAGCACUUGGCCCAAACAAAGAGCUAAAGUUGCUUAUGUCUGCCUCCAGUAGGUCAGUCUUAGUCCUGCAUUAAUGGCUUGGUUAAUUCAAAACUCACUAUUUCACGUUUAUCCCCAAUGCCCAGUUGCUUGGGUUGCAAUGCAAUUAGUCAUUGCCAAGAUUUUAUGACAAAUAUGUGAUGCAGUAGUAGCAGAAAUAAGAAAAGUGCAGCAGAGCCGUCAACCCAAUCAUGCACUGGUGAGUGAGGACUAUCAUCGAUACUGUUAAAGUGGAAGUCUAAACACCUCAGUCACUAAGACAUUGCCUACUGGUUUUCUCUGUUUGACUUUGUCUUUGUUUGUUUGCUUGCUGUUGUCCCUCUGCUGUUCCUCUCUGCUGUUGUGAGGUUUCGUGUGGACCAUGUCUGUCUGGGUGUUUUAGAAUAGGACACCAGAAAACUCAUUCCAUGGUAAAACAAUAAGGGAAAAAAAGUGGAUUAUUAGACUGUUAGUGCUUCUUCUCCCAAACCCUUCCAAAGGGAGGGAGGGUUACUCUUCCAUGUUCACUGGUGUUGUGGCCGUCGUAGGAGUCCUCUGUUCACUGUUCAAGUCCCUUGUUCUCUGUCAGGUUGAUGUGUGUAAUUCCGAAUAUGUCUGUCAAAUUGACUGUCAAAGAACGCUGUGGGUGGACCCUCUGGCUAGUGUCAUUUGUUUUCUGUUUGUGAUUCUGUGUUGGUCAGUAGUCAGAAGUCAGUAGCAUGUCUGCAGAUUACACAAUGCAAGACAGAGGAAGUCCAGACCUUUCACUUUAACUGAAGGGGGAUAGAUUUGUUUUUGUUUUUCUAUCCUCCCUGUUCAGGUCCUUUACCACUGAAUACUUGAAGUAGCAGGGCAGUCUUCUGCUCUGAGAUUAUUAUAUAGUGUACAUGGUUGACGAAAGAAAAUAAAAAAGUGCUGUUGCAUGAUCAUUUUUACUUAUUGUGCCAACUAAUAGUGUGAACAACAAUUUGAGAAUACUGUCUUGGCCUCUAUGCAGAGUAUGGUAUAAUAGUACACCAUAUCAUGAAAAGGUGGGGCCUUUAUUCAGUGGCUCGGUAAAUCUACAAAUUCUCAGCCAUGGGAUGACAAACUUCAUGUCGCACAAAAGGCCUGGUGGUAAGAAAAAAGUAUAUCAAAGAAACGUAUGACUCUUCCUGUACAUGUUUGGCUCUCUUGCCCAGUCGCUUUUUUGUUUUUCUUUAAUGAUGUCAAAAAUGCAAACCUCUGGAUGAAGCAAAACACUGUGACCAAUGCCAGAAACAUGUUUUCUUUUUUUGUUUUCACUUUUUUAAAAGACAAUUUGUUUAUAUAUUUGUGUUUUUCUAUUUUGUUAUUUCUAUGGUUUAAGCAUUUGAAUAUGUACGUUUGAGAUUGUAAUAUUUGUAUAUGUAAAUGUUUUUGCGUUGUACAGUAAUGAUUUAGAUCUGAGUUUAAUGUGAGUGUCCAGCAUGCUGAAUGAUCACUUGUGUGAACGUGGGGUUAAAGUCCCAUGGUGCAUCAGUCCUCAUACGAUAAAUGCAUCCGCAUUGUACUGGUGUGAUGUGUUUGAGAGUGGUGUGUCCUCUCUCCCCUGUCGUAUCCCUGUAGGUGGACAGCCUGUGCAUUUGUUUUUUAUGAAAGUGAGUUUGCAUGUCUCUGAGGUGUUGUUCAGCGAGUUGAGAAAUGAGUCGACGGUGCAUGUGUUUGUGAGGCUGUGUGUGUGGUGAGGUGCGGUCGGGUCGGGUCGGGUCGGUGCAUGUGUUUGUGAGGGUGUGUGUGCGGUGAGUUGCCGUCAGGUGGGUGGGUGUAUUUGUGUGUGGGUGAACUGAACAUUAACCCUUCAGCAGGGGAGUUUUAGAUAGAUAGAUACAUCAAAAAAGUUUUGAACAUUCUAACAGAAGAUUCUGUUCUGCAACAAUGUAAGGUUCUAAAAAUAAACCCAGAUAUUCUUUAGAAUGUUCAAUUUCACAACAUUCUCGUCACACCAGUGUGACGGUAUCUGCUGGUCUGGGACUGAGAGAGAGUUAAGGGUGAGCUGAGACUCUCCAUCAGGAGAAACUGAUAGAGGGCAAGUUUGACUGAUAUUAUUCAGCAUGGGUACUGUUUGUCAUGUUUGGUGUUUGUAAAUCCAAUGAGGCUGUCUCCAGGGACACCUAGCUCUGAUCCACCCCCUCCCCCCUGGUGGUUGUUAUUGUAUGUGUUCUAUCAGAAUAUUACUGAGUGUUGGCCAGCUUGUUUAUAUCCAUUCAAUAAAGGUGAAUUUCUUUCUGAA